CAUUGAGAUCGCUGCGUAAUCCGGUUUGAAACGCGUGCAGGCUGGCGGGUGGGGAGGAGCCUUGAGACCCGGGACAUGGUGUGGGGUCGGUAGGGUUUCCCCUCAUGGAGCAGCAGGAGGACGCAUGCGCUCCUCUCCACCGCCGUGUCUCCAUCCAUCCACAGCACAGGAGCGGAGGGUGAACUUGUCGUGUUACCUGCUUAAAGGCGCCGCCAGCUGGGUGCGCUCAGCUCAGCCUGCUCACCGGAUACGUUGACUGUAACACUUUUCUCUUCCUCCAGGAAAGUUGCAAAAAGAGGGGGUUUUACGCGGAGAGGGGAUUACGCACAAGUAGAGGAUUAAUGGGCAGAAGAAGCGGAUUAUAGCGAGGAACCAGAGUGUGUGUUGAUGGUGAAGAUGCGGAAACAACAAGGGAAGCGACAACAAACUGGAUUUUGAACCUUUGGGAUACUGAGACGCGCCGGGAGCGCAACGUCAUGCCUCGGCUCAGGAGCAGGAUGAAGAUGAUCCAGUUUGUUGGAGACACAUGCGCCCAAACAGCCUGAAGUUUCCUGGACUGCUGUGCUAUGCCUCGGCUGACCUCUCCCACACCAUUCCGCGGGACUGACGGGUUUGGCUGGACCUGAGUCGCCAUGUCAAAAGUCAUUCAGAAGAAGAACCACUGGAUUACCAAAGUGCGCGAGUGCGCGGUUGUGCGGGACGCCUGCGGGGAGCUGAACGUGGAGCUGCGCGGCGGAGCGGAGAAUGGAGAGUUCCCGCAAAUCGGGCCACUCCGGGAGGAUGCGGUGGAUUAUCAGGAGGGUAAACUCUGCGAGGGGGAGCUGCUGCUGGAGGUGGAGGGGCUGCCGGUGUCUGGAUUACCCCUGUAUGACAUUUUAGCUGUGAUGAAGUGCUGCCCGGGUCCCGUCAGGUUCAGGACUGUGCGUCAAGGUCACAAGCUCAACAAAGACCUGAAGCACUACCUGAGCUUGAGGUUUCAAAAGUCUUCACCCGACCACGAGCUGCAGAAGACCAUCCGAGCCAAUCUGUAUCGCCAUGCUGUGCCUUGUACGACCCGUCCCCCUCGAGACGGAGAGGUCCCAGGGGUGGAUUACAACUUCCUCUCUGUGGAGGACUUCCUAGAACUUGAGGAGAGUGGCACACUACUGGAAAUAGGAACGUAUGAAGGUAACUAUUAUGGGACCCCCAAGCCACCAAGGCAGCCCAUCAUUGGGACAGUGAUUCUCAGUGAUGCAGGCUCCCAGCAGUCCACCCCAAAGCGCACCAAGUCCUACAAUGACAUGCAAAACGCCCGAGUAGUGCCUGCUGACGACGAGGAUGACGACCAGGCCACGGAAAUGAACAACAGUUUUACAGGUAACUCUAACGAUCAGGACGAGAGUCGCGGCGGCAUCCUCCGGCCGUACCCCGCACGUGACAAUGCUCCAUCCUGUGGUUUGAACAAUGCGGCCACCUCUACUGCAGACAGCGGGCAGCAGACCCUUGCAGAGCCGCAGGUCUCUCCAGAAGAACCGCUUGGGCCGCUGCCUGAGAACUGGGAGAUGGCCUACACCGAGAAUGGAGAACUUUACUUCAUAGACACGGCAAAGACACACCACCAGGACAUGGCUGUGUAUUUUCAGAGCUUCCACAACACAAAGACGACAUCAUGGCUCGAUCCUCGGUGUAGAGACAAAGCCUCCAGGCCUCUGGAAGAGUGUGAUGAUGAUGAAGAAGGGAUACAUACGGAGGACCUGGAAAGUGAUUUAGAGCUGCCUCCAGGAUGGGAGAGAAUAGACGACCCUGUGUACGGAGUGUAUUAUGUAGAUCACAUAAACAGGAAGACACAGUAUGAGAACCCAGUAGUGGAGGCGCGGCGUCGUAAAAUCCUGGAGCAGCAGCAGCCGCAGCAGCCGCAGCCGCAGCCUCCAGAAGGUGAGCGGUAUAUUCGAGGUUCGUUUCCUGCCCUGGCACGUGCAAGAGUGGUGCCAGCCAAGAGGAGUCCAAAGCUGGUGCACCAGUUAGAGAGGAAAGACAGCCAGAACAGCUCCCAGCACAGUGUGUGCAGCCAUCGCAGCAUCCACACUGAUUCUCCCAGCCACCCACCCACUGUCAUGCCAAGCGAGGCCGUGGGUCCUACUCCUGCCGCCCCCAACCAGCCUCUGCCAGGCCUGCCCCCUCUGGAACCUGCGGAUGGCACCCUCACCCUCCAGAAGAAGCCAGACCCCUUUAAGAUCUGGGCGCAGUCCAGGAGCAUGUACGAGAGCCGACUGCCAGAUUGCCAGGAGCAGGACAUUUUCCUUUGGCGGAAGGAUACAGGCUUCGGCUUUCGCAUCCUGGGAGGAAAUGAGCCUGGGGAGCCUAUUUACAUAGGGCACAUAGUGAAGUACGGGGCAGCAGAUGAAGACGGGCGGCUGCGGUCGGGUGAUGAGCUCAUCUGUGUGGAUGGCACGGCGGUGGUGGGCAAGUCUCACCAGCUGGUGGUGCAGCUGAUGCAACAGGCUGCCAAACAGGGCCAUGUCAACCUCACUGUCAGACGCAAGACCCCUGGUUACGGAGUGUCAAAAGGAGAGGGUGACGUUCCUCCAUCACCGGCCUCCUCCCACCACAGCAGUACCCAGGCACCUAGUCUGACGGAGGGCAAGCGGACCCCCCAGGGGAGCCAGAACUCGCUCAACACUGUCAGCUCAGGCAGUGGAUCUACCAGCGGCAUAGGCAGCGGCGGUGGAGGCGGCAGCGGAAGUGCAGUGGUGCCCGCCUCCCUACAGCCGUACGACGUGGAGAUCCAGCGUGGAGAGAACGAGGGCUUCGGUUUCGUCAUUGUGUCGUCUGUUUCCAGACCUGACGCCGGUACAACCUUUGCUGGAAAUGCUUGUGUGGCCAUGCCCCACAAAAUAGGACGCAUCAUCGAGGGCAGCCCGGCGGACCGCUGCGGGAAGCUGAAAGUUGGGGACCGAAUACUGGCUGUCAACUGCUGCUCCAUCACAAACAAGUCGCACUCUGACAUCGUGAACCUGAUCAAGGAAGCCGGAAACACAGUCUCGCUCAGGAUCAUCCCCGGUGAUGAAUCUUCCAAUGCUUCUCUGCUGACUAAUGCUGAGAAGAUAGCUACCAUCACCACCACACACACACCCCAACAGUCUACAGAGUCACGGAAUAACUCAAAGUCAAAAGGAGCUCCUCCUCCUCCACCCACACAAACUCAGACACAGGAUGCCGAGUUCUAUUCUGUAGACCUGGAGCGGGACAGCAAAGGGUUUGGCUUUAGCCUGAGAGGAGGACGGGAGUACAGCAUGGACCUAUACGUGUUGAGACUAGCCGAGGAUGGGGCUGCUGUCAGAAAUGGCAAGAUGAGGGUGGGAGAUGAGAUCCUGGAGAUAAAUGGUGAGAGCACAAAGAACAUGAAGCAUUCACGUGCCAUUGAACUGAUCAAGAAUGGGGGUCGGAGGGCGCGGCUCGUCCUCAAGCGGGGAGAUGGAUCUGUACCUGAAUAUGACGGCAGCAGUGACGGGCACCCUUCCACACCCGGGGCACAAAACACUCCGGAAGUGAGAACUCUGCCACCGAACAGCCGAUAUCACACCUCAUUGGAGUCCAGUUAUCCACCAGACCUUCACAAACCAUCACGCCAGGAGGAGGCUGCGCGAGACAGGGACAGGAACAGGAACAGGGACAGGGCCGGGUCAGAUCAGAUGGACUACCAAGGCCGGGAAUUUAAACCCCACCAUCAUCACACCUGGAAUAACAAUCACAGUCAAAGUACCCCCAGACAACAGUCUCCAGACAACAGUAACAGCAGUAGAAGUGGCAACAAGAAGAGCCGAGGCCGAAAAGUCAAAAAGUCAGAGUCGGAGAGCGGCAUCUCUAAACUCCUUAAGACUCUGAGGAAAGACAGCUCUGGGAAGAAGGCUGCAGCUGCCGAAAAACUGAGGGGUCGAGAGCUCUCAAGCAGCAGUUCUACUUUGGAUGGGAGGUUUCGCCUGCAGCGCCGCGGCUCCCUUGACCGCUCACCAACCGAAAAGCGCACCUCGUCUCCUGAUCGUCGGCGGGCCAAGUCGAUGGACCGCAGGGCCGAGCGAGCACAUCGGGACCGUACACCUGAGAGGGAUAACGAUGACGGAGGGUUCCUCGCAGUCACUCCUGAACGCAAGUUAUAUGAGCGGAGGCUCCUCAAGGACUCACAUAUGGCUGGGCGAGUCAGGGAGGCCACAACACCCGAGCGCACCAACAACUACGGGGAUUCCUUGUCUCUUUCCAGGGGUCACACACACGAAAGAACCACAAAGAAUGGCAACCUCUUGAGGGACUCUUCCUCUGAGAGGAUGGAGGAGACAUGUCAGAUGAAUGGGACACCAGAGAGACGAUACCGGAUGGAGCGGGACUCUUCCCCUGACAGCACCUACAGCAGGGAUGAGCUGAACUAUGCAGCAGCACCUAGACUGAAGGACUACUACAGCAUGAUGAAGAACAACACUCCACACAACAAUGCUGCCUACAACAACACAGGCCAUAACAAUAACGCAGUAGGCCACAGCCCAAACCAGCUCCCUGAGCCCAAGAGAAGGCUGUACAAAGAAAGCUCCAAAGACCUCAGCAUCUAGAGCAGAGCAGAGAUCCCCCUCGCCACUCUCUCCUCUGUCUGUGCAAAUUAUGUACCAUACACUGGAAUUGUACUUCUGAGGAUACUAACUCUUGUGCUUUAUUUCGGUCGACUGAUGUAUUGAUUAAUUUGACUGACUUUUCUACUUGUGAUCCCAUCCAGAGAUUCAUAAAACAGCAGGAGUACAAUCCUUCUCUCAGUUCAUACUGGUUGUUUUGUCAUUGUUAUAGUUAUUUUGAACAUAACAGAAGUUGUUGUACUAUAGUAAAGGUAUUGUAUGUGCCUGCAUAUGAAAUCAGUGAUAUUGCUUUUUGUAGGCAUUGCUGAAUCUAAAUAUUUGUUCCCUCGAAGGUAUGAAACAUGCUUCCAGUCGUGGUAACUUCUAACUACUUAACUUGUUUUAAACUUGUUUUGUAGAUAUUUUUUUCCAUUCCUGAAUAACUUUACUGAACAAACUAUAGCACAAGACACUAAUGGUUCACAAGAACUGAAAAUCAAGUUGGGACUUGGAGGCAAAUAUCAAAAUUUAAGAUCUGAUGAGGAAACUAAGUGAUAAUUAUAGAAAUAAUAUAUGACUUUUUGCUCACUAUUUAUUUUUAAUUUGGCACAUAUCUUGAGCAUCUUUCAUUAAACCUGUAAGGAUCAAGGUAGAAGUAUACACUGUACCUGGGAAAGCAUGCUGUACCUUUACUUGUGUUGCACCCAUGAAAUGUGUGGCAGGUCUGCCAAAAAUACACCCACACACUUCUGAAAUUAGAGAAGUAAAUCAGACAACUGAUGUGAAAAUGAAUUACUGGCAUGGAGUAGGAUUAUAAAAACAACUCAAAUAUUCUGGUUCUUUGUUCUUUGUUCUUUGGUGUGUAAAGAUGGAACCUGACUCACUUUCAGCUACAGGCAAAACUGCUCUGGUAGAUUCUCCAUUGUGGGAAAAUGAGAAUUAUCUAAAUUUGUAGCUCAUCUUACUUUCAAUGAAGUACUUUAGAUGAGUCUGCAUUAUGCCACAACGCCAGCCUGAAGCUGCCAUAAAAUAUUAUUAUUCAAAUAUGCCAAAAAAAGUAAAAGGUUUAAAACCUCUGCACACCUAUAACCCACCCACACAGGUAUUUUCUGAUUAGAUCUCUUCUCAGAAACAUGUUGGUUUGACUGACAGCUCCACCCUCCUGUUAAUUUUGUAGCAACCGUUUGGGCGGGGUGACUUGAUGGCGUGUUAUGGUCAUUUCCAAUUGCCAAUUGUUGUGACAUCAUAAAUGUCCACCGUAGUUCAAUCCAUUUUCAACCAGAGUAAUUUAAAACAAAUCUGUGGGUGUGCAGAGGUUUUAAAACAAACCAAUGUGUAAAUUAUCCCUGUGCAAGCUGCAUGUGUAAAUCAAAGUGUAGUUUAACCACUUUAUUUGAUAAGUCUAAGUGAGAAUAAUCGAUAAGGAACAUGCACUGUAAUCCUACAGUAAUUGUUAGCCCUGUCCUUGUGUUGAUGAUUUGUGCACCGACCACCUCCUGGGUCCUGACACAAAGAGCUGAUGUAUUUUGUUGUGUUGGUAACAUAUGGAGAGUCCUGGUACAGGAGGCGACCAAUCUGCCAUGCUGAGCCAUGCUGUCUCGCCACUGGAGUCGAACUGCUGCUUUAUAAUGUGUUUUGUGUGUAUUCUCUGUUUUAUGUUUCAUUAAAGAACUGAAAAUAUAUUGGAUAAACCACAACAAAUGAAUUGUUUGAUCACUGUUGUUGCCAUGGUACUGUAUUCAACAAAAAAUACACACAAUAAAAAAAGAAAUAAAUCAACAUAACUAUCAACAGUAAAGAAUUUUCCAAUGUAACUAUUAGGAACCCGUAAAUAAAAUAAAAUGUUGCCUUUUUCUUGUACAAAAGAGAAAUUUAUGAAAAACCUCAGCAGUGAGGGAUGUGAUAUUGUGUUUAUAUCUCUGAAACGGACCUGAUGAUUUAUGGGAAAUGUGUUGAUUUACUCUGGAUCAGGUAUGUAAAGACAUUUUAAAAUGAAAACCUGUCUUUGGUCAAUCAGAAACUGUUUGAUGGUUUGAAUCUCUCUCGAUGGUUAGCCUGCCUUUGUAUUAUAAAGCACUUGUAUGCAGUCUGUGUUCUUCAAGCAUUAUUUCUUGCAAUGUGCUCCAGACUUAAUGCUGUCUCUGUGUUGAUAAAAGCAGUACAUGUAUAUGGGCCAAUCUUUUUUUUUUUUUUUU